AUGUUCCGACACGGCGUGCGAACAAUAACGACCACGGCGCGUAGAGCCGCGGCCGUCGCACCGGCUGCCGCGAAGUCUCCGAGUCCGUACACAAUCGCGGUUUCGAAGGCUCAAGGUAUCGCAAAGGGAUUAACUGGUGCAAUCGGUAACACGCCGCUCAUCCGCAUGAACAAGCUCUCGGAACAGACGGGCUGCGAAGUGCUCGGAAAGGCGGAAUUCAUGAACCCGGGUGGCUCGGUCAAGGACCGCGCGGCGCUAUACGUAGUCUUGGACGCGGAGGAGCGCGGCCUACUAAAGCCCGGGGGCACGGUGGUGGAGGGCACGGCGGGCAACACGGGCAUCGGCCUGGCGCACGUGUGCCGCUCCCGCGGCUACAAGCUCGUCAUCUACAUGCCCAACACGCAGUCCCAGGGCAAGAUCGACCUGCUCCGCCUCCUCGGCGCAGAGGUCUACCCCGUCCCCGCCGUCGCCUUCGACAACCCCGACAACUACAACCACCAGGCCCGCCGCCACGCCGAGCGCUUGGACAACGCCGUCUGGACGAACCAGUUCGACAACACCGCCAACCGCCGCGCGCAUAUAGAGACGACCGGCCCUGAGAUCUGGGCGCAGACGGCCGGCAAGAUCGACGCGUUUACGUGUGCUACGGGGACCGCGGGCACGCUUGCGGGCGUCACGCGCUACCUGAAGGACGUCUCGGGCGGCCGCGUGAAGGCGUACCUAGCGGACCCGCCGGGCAGCGUGCUGCACUCGUACAUCCAGUCCGGGGGCAAGCUCGUGGAGCGGACGGGGAGCAGCAUCACGGAGGGGAUCGGACAGGGGCGCAUCACGGACAACCUAGCGCCGGACGUGGCGCUGCUAGACGGCAGCGUGCACAUCGCGGACGAGAAGAGCGUCGCCAUGGUGUACAGCGCCCUGGACGACGAGGGCCUGUACUUGGGCGCCAGCAGCGCGCUGAACGUCGUUGCCGCCAAGGAGGUCGCCGAGCUGCUCGGCCCGGGACAUACCGUCGUCACCAUGCUGUGCGAUGGCGCCUAUCGCUAUGCCGAUCGCUUGUUCUCUAGGAAGUGGCUCGAGAGCAAGAAGCUCCUGGGCGCGAUACCAAAGCAUUUGGAGAAGUAUAUCGUGCUGCCGUAG